AUGAAGGCGGACAGAGCCAUGAACAACUGUACCACAAAGAGAUCAGUAUCUCAGCGACGACGAAGCUCGGUUAGCGAAUCAGAAUGGACCAAAAUUCGUGAACGAAACCGCAUUGCUGCAGACAAGUGCCGCCAAAAGAAGAAGAGAGAACACCAACAAAUUGAGCGCCGACUAAGCGAUGAAAUUGAAAAGAAAGAAAUACUUUUAGCCCAGCUGAACUGUCUACUAGAAGAGGUCUGGGACCUCAAAAACAUGGUGUUUCAACACGCUGGGUGCGAAAAUCAACAAAUCGAUCUACAACUCGCCAGGAUGAUGCGGAAUGUCUUGAACGACCCCAGCAAGGGCGCUCCACCAAUCCAUGAGGCAGACUCACUGCCGGCGCUUUCAUCUGUAACAUUUUCGGAUGAUUCAGCUGGUAGUGAUCUGCAUCCCGAUGCGAUCAACACUGAUUCAAUCGAUGAAAAUGAUUGGACGCUCUUUCCCAGUAUCCCCGAUGGUCUUUUGACCCCCAAUUUGGACGUAUAUCCUGAUUCCAUGUUUGACAACUUUUUGAAUGUGGCAGAUGUAUAUGCGUAG